AGGAAUUUGUUUCUUUGAUCUAGUUGAGUAAAUUACAUUGAGAACUGUGCGAAAUAGUCAUACCUUUAUGCGCCAAAUCGCGCUUCAACAUCGUGUUCUAAUUUUUCACAAAACCAACAAUAAUUACUGAUAAUUGUCGCUCCGAGAUGACUAUAAAAUACCAGGAAUCUAGUCCGAGGACAGGAUAGUUUGUAAUCCGUCAGUGAUCCGAGAUGUCCAGACAGUUGGUUCCUUGCUUGGCUAUUUUGACCGGCAUUCUAGGGGUGGUAUCGGCCCAGGAGGAUUACUGCGAUUCAUCCCUGUGCGAUCCGGGAGUGCAACAUAUCGGCUGCAACGCUAAGAACGAACUUUCGCCGGAUUGUAACGAAGGCAAGAAGAUUGAGCUGACCGAUGAGCUCAAGAAGCUGAUCCUGGACGAGCACAACAACUACCGCAAUCAGGUGGCCAAGAAGGAACUGAAAUGGUUGCCGUCGGCUUCCAAUAUGGUUGCGAUGGACUGGGACGACGACCUGGCCUACCUGGCGGAGUUGAACGCGGAUCGGUGCGAGUUCGAGCAUGACCAGUGCCACAACACCAAGAAGUACCCCAAUUCCGGCCAGAACAUCGCUUCCUGGGCAACGACUGGCGAUACGUACGAGGUGAAGGACACGAUCAAGACGCUGAUCCAGGAGUGGUGGGACGAACGUCACUUUGCUGGUCCCAAGCUGAUCAAGAAGCUCUGGGGCAAAUACAAGGCGUUGCACUUCACGAUGUUGGUUCGGGCGAACGCCAGUCGAGUUGGAUGCGCAAUGGUCCAGUACAAGCAGACCGAUUACCUUUGGGUUCUGCUUAUCUGCAACUAUUCGUACACCAAUAUGAUUGGAACUACAGUUUAUAAGGCUGGGGAUGCGUGCUCGGAGUGUAAGUCGGGAUGCGAUAGCCAGUACGAUGGAUUGUGCAAGAAGGACGAGGCGGUUGAUGUGGCUUAAAAAUGAGGAAGCUCGCAUGACAUCAUAAUUGAAGACAGAUAAAAUUUCGGCAAUGGGA